AUGAAGGAAGUGCACAAGUAUAAACGAACCCCAACAGAUAUUAUCGAACUGGAUCCAUAUUUAAAGGAAGAGUUCUCCAGGACUGUAUCUCGGUGCUUUCCGGAUCAUUUCUCCGAACACAUGCCGUUAUGUCGUGUGUUUCGGAAGCCGUCAUUGUCACGCUCUGUAUCACUGAAAUCUCAGACUGAAUCAAAGCUGUGCAUUCCGUCAGCAACAUACUGCUCAUUCGAAGCUGUUCGUAGUGCUGUAUCGCCGCUGUUCACGUUUGCGCCUACUUUUGUUCUGCCAUAUUCGCCCACUUUGUCAUCGCCCUCUGCGACAGUACCAGUAAACUUGUCUAUUGGGAGACCCACAUCAGCGAGUAGCGGAGCACCAUUGCUUCCCAAAACUGAUAUUCCUUUAAAUACUGGCGCGUCGCAUCUCUGGAAUGUGAAGAGCCAUUUAAACUGGCCAGUUUCUGUUCCUGGAGAAAAACCAACUGCCGUCCAGUGUAUUGAACGAAGCCCGUCGUCGCGAUGCAGCACGUUAACGAGUCUUCUGGCCGCUGCACCCAAAAAUAAUCCUCCUCAGGCUCGCGUCCAGCCGAUAAUUCAUUCGCAAAACUCAAGGAGGACGUGCAGGUUUUGCCAGGAGAUUUUCGAAGGCGAUUAUCUUGUUCUGUACAGGCAUGUUAAGCAACAUCUGUGUGUUCUACCAUAUGAGUGCUCAAUUUGCAAGCGAGCGGACGUGGAUAGGCAAACUAUUCAGGAGCACAUUUCACAGGAUCAUGAUGUAAAGACUGCCCUUAUUGACAGGAUGACAGAGCCAGUUUCUCGACAGUGCUGUGCGUUGUUUACAGCUUGCUUUCCGGAUGUGCCACUGCAGCCACUGUUACACGAUUCCGUACAGCAAGUAUCUGGCAAUUGA